GAGUUUGAGCUGCAUGCAGAAAUGUAAGGCAGUGCUUCCUGGCGCUGAUGGCAAAAUGGGACCCAUCUCCGGUUCUGCCACGGGCUGCCCAGCUUUGCAAACCUGGGAGAGAACCGACAGAAACAGAGUGGCGAUGUAGCCAGCUUUAAAGGCCGAGAGAAUCCCGAUGGAUUCAGCAGACUGGUUUUCGAUUUAGAGUCUUAUGUUUUCCUUGGAAGAUGAAAUGCUUCUCUCGCUACCUGCCUUACAUCUUCAGACCUCCGAACACCAUCCUCUCUUCCAGCUGCCACACGGAAGGCUCGGACCAUGGCGCAGCCCCGCCGGCUCCCGCGCCGCCCUCUCCCGUGAGCCGGGCCGCGGGCGGGGAUCAUGGAGACUUGUCUGCCGGCUUGUGGUUCCCACGCACGCGAGCCCGCCCUCAAUGGAGGAGGACAUUGAUACCCGCAAGAUCAACAACAGUUUCCUGCGCGACCACAGCUAUGCGACCGAAGCUGACAUUAUCUCUACGGUAGAAUUCAACCACACGGGAGAAUUACUAGCGACGGGGGACAAGGGAGGUCGGGUUGUAAUAUUUCAACGAGAGCAGGAGAGUAAAACUCAGGUUCAUCGUAGAGGCGAAUACAAUGUUUACAGCACAUUCCAGAGCCAUGAACCCGAGUUCGAUUACCUGAAGAGUUUAGAAAUAGAAGAAAAAAUCAAUAAAAUAAGAUGGCUUCCUCAGCAGAACGCAGCUUACUUUCUUCUGUCUACUAAUGAUAAAACUGUGAAGCUAUGGAAGGUCAGCGAGCGGGACAAGCGGCCAGAGGGCUACAACCUGAAAGAUGAGGAGGGCCGGCUGCGGGACCCCGCCACCAUCACCACGCUGCGGGUGCCGGUCCUGAGACCCAUGGACCUGAUGGUGGAGGCCACGCCGCGCCGAGUGUUUGCCAACGCGCACACGUAUCACAUCAACUCCAUAUCCGUCAACAGCGACUACGAGACCUACAUGUCCGCCGACGACCUGAGGAUCAACCUGUGGAACUUCGAGAUCACCAAUCAGAGCUUCAACAUCGUGGACAUCAAGCCGGCCAACAUGGAGGAGCUCACCGAGGUGAUCACGGCGGCCGAGUUCCACCCGCACCACUGCAACACCUUCGUGUACAGCAGCAGCAAGGGGACCAUCCGGCUGUGCGACAUGCGGGCCUCGGCCCUGUGCGACCGGCACACCAAGUUUUUUGAAGAGCCGGAAGAUCCGAGCAACCGAUCGUUUUUCUCCGAAAUCAUCUCUUCGAUUUCGGAUGUGAAGUUUAGCCACAGUGGGAGGUAUAUCAUGACCAGGGACUAUCUGACCGUGAAAGUCUGGGAUCUCAACAUGGAAAAUCGUCCCAUCGAGACUUACCAGGUUCAUGACUACCUCCGAAGCAAGCUCUGCUCCCUCUACGAAAACGACUGCAUUUUCGACAAAUUCGAGUGCGUCUGGAACGGGUCAGACAGCGUCAUCAUGACCGGUUCCUACAACAACUUCUUCAGGAUGUUCGACCGCAACACCAAGCGGGACGUGACCCUGGAGGCCUCGCGGGAAAACAGCAAGCCCCGCGCCAUCCUGAAGCCCCGGAAGGUGUGCGUGGGGGGCAAGCGGCGCAAGGACGAGAUCAGCGUGGACAGUCUGGACUUUAGCAAGAAGAUCUUACACACGGCCUGGCAUCCCUCCGAAAACAUCAUCGCGGUGGCAGCUACGAAUAACCUCUAUAUAUUCCAGGACAAGGUGAACUAGAAGGACGCGCGAUGACCGAACCUCGCCCUACCGAAUGCCAGGCAGGAGGAGUUCUUCAGUAUCUCCUGGGGUCUUCAUCCCGAGGCAUCGACUUGACCUCCCCCGUGCAUACGAUAACGAUUGGGGUAGGAUUCAAAGGAGUUCAACGUCCCCAGCACCCCCCA